AUCUUGUUGAUGAUCAGUGCUGCGAACGUAUUCGUACAACCUUGGAACUUACAAAUGUCCAAAGCGACAUUGAAGAGUUUAUCACGAGAUACGGCACCGGCAAAGAAAUUCCUGGUAAGACAGAAGGGAACACUUUUCCAGGUAACCCAAGAGGGAUGGGAUGACUUAUUAUGGCCAUGUUCUAUUGUUCAGCUCCCCUGCAUUUCGAACCGUAUUCAAGCAUGGACAUCCAAAGCGGCCAGAUCACCCCAGCAUCGUCUGUUCAUCAGGACAUGCAGUCCGUAGCAGCAGCAACGUCAGGAACACCCCCAGCAGUACCAGACACAAAAGCAAAAGCACUUCCACCCAUGCCCGAAAGCGCCAGUGAAGAACAUCUCAGGUCGGUCGACCAGCAGUUGCAGGACUUGAGCGUGAAACGGAAUUCGCGUGAAAUGGUGCCUCAGACAGACAACAGCAAGCCAGUUGAUCAUCAUGGUGCUGCUGCUGCUGAUAGCAAAGAUGAUGCCGUCAUGACUGCUAUUCAACAGGUGGAGGAAAUGCUAAGUGUGGAGGACAUGUCUAACGAAGCUCAAGCUGAAAAGCGACGCUCUAUAUCAUUAUCCCCAGCACAACAACCCGAAAAGCCGCAAUCUUCACCGCAACAAGAAGCAGCAGUUGUACCAGCACCAGCUAUAGUACCUACUACCGAACAACAAAACGAAUCAACAACGACGACUACUACUACUACUGCGGCUGCGGCUGCUAAUAACGACGCAUCAAUUUCAGCUUCUCCCGAUGAGCCACCAGCUCCUGCUACACCUCCUCUACAGGCACAGGUUGCUGAGCGGGCAGAGGAACAAAAGAAGGAAACAUCAUCUUCACCCCAACCAGCAGCAACAGCUUCAACUACAUUAGCAGCUGUUGUGCCUUCUUUGGAAGAUAAGGAUCGGUCAAACCCAGAAGAAAUAUCCAAGGAAACCGAUCUUCGAUUCAAACCCGUACCUAAUCCUGCCUUCAAGGGAAGCGAUGGCAACGACGCUAAUAUCACACGAGUGGAUUCUGGAAGUGAUCUGAAUGUUAAAGUCGAUGACCAAAACCGAGCAACACCACCCAAGGAAACGACGAAACUGAACAAUUUUGCUCCUGGUGCUGUAGCUGCCGCUGCCACAGUAGCACAUGGUGAUAAUGCCGCGAAUGCAACUGCGGCAGCAGAUGUCCCAACAACAACAACAAAAACAACAACAAUUUCUCCUCCAGCUAUUACGACGACAGCUACAACACCAACGACGGUACCUGCCACUAUCACUGGUAAAAAGAAUGACACGGAAGAAGAUGGAUCAGAAAAGGAUUACCCGCUACCGCCACCCAAGGCCGAGAAAUGGGUCAUUUCCUCCAUACGCCGACCGCAACAACUUCCUGUACGUGCUCAGAAUGCGCGCAUGAGCAUGUUCUCGACGCCAACACCUCCAAUCGGUAUACCUGCAGCAGAUCCUGAGCCAGCAGCCUCCGUAUCGACAGGCAACAAAUUUCAUCGUCCAAAUGCACCCUUUAAAAUCGAGAUACCCAACAAGUCGCAAUCCACCUCCUCACAACAACAACCUGCUGCUACUAGGGCAAACGCAGGCGUCAACAACAGUUAUCAAGCACCUCAAGCAGCUGCUCAGCAAGUCAUUGCUGCUGGAAGAGCACAUGCACACCAGACGUCGUCUUGGCAAUCGCCUGUCAACAGCUCACUUAGCCGACGAUACAGCUCCAUUGAUCGAUACCACAUUAGCGACCGUCCGAUUCCUACUGAUCCUGUUGCGGUCGCAAGUGCCAAUGCCAUUUACGAAGACGAUAUUAGUCGAGAGGAUACAACAGCCGAACAAAAGGCGUCGGAUGUCGCACAUAGUAACAGCGUUGGCAAAAAGAACAACCUCAGUUCGUUCAUGAAGGGUGUAUUGAAGCAUGACAACAACAACGGCAGCAGUCAUAGCAGUAGCAACAAUAACAACGGAUUACGGCCCGCCUCUGAGAAGUCCAAUUACAACAAGUCACAUUUACAACCAACCUCAUCUGUCAGCAACGACGGCAGCAAAAAGGAGAAACGAUUUUCGAUGAAUAUUUUCAAGAAAGAAAAGAAGCAGCACAAGCAGCCAGAAGAUCCGAUUUAUGAAGAUGUAAUCGUGUCUGCUGCUGCUGCUGCUGCUCCCGCUCUUGACGAUUCCAACUAUGCCAGCGCACCGAUUCGGCCCUUGAGCACAUCCAUGACGCCCGUAUCACGGCCGUCUAGUGCAAUGGGUGGCAGUAUGAGUGGUGGUGCGGGUGGUGGUCGCCCGAUGAGCAUGGCAUAUCCUCCUCCUUCACAACAGCAACCACCGCCACAACCACUGCCGCAACAACAACAACAACAACAACUACUUGAUGACGGUACUGUUGUGCUUGAGUAUGUGCAUGCUAUUUGGUCCUAUGAAGCAAAGAUCAGCACAGAAAUGAACUUUAUGGCCGGCGAUGUAUUUGCAGUGAUCCACAAGCAGAUGGAUAACUGGUGGCUCGUGGAAUUGAUGGAUCCUCAGCGACGGCAACGUGGUCUGGUCCCGGGCAACUACAUGGAGUCGCAUCAAUAAAUUAUGUAAAAUAGCACCAAUAACCCCACCCUCGCAACUAAUCUUUAUUUACUUUGUCCUCAACGCACACUUCAAUUCCCUAUUUCUUGCGCACUGUUUUCUCAUUCACUCUUCUUUUUAUUUUCGAUAAUACAAUUUUUUGGAAAGUUGUUAUCCAAUAUCACUUGUAUGAUAGUGUUAAAAUACAAAGUUCUACUGUAGGAGAAUUCAUGUUUUAAGG